AAAAUUCAAUGUGCGUUACGUGUAACGUAAACACUCGUACUUUCAUUUGUGUCAUCAAGACAGAUGCCUUUUCUAUUUCUGAGAGAUAUUUACAUGCUUAAUGAUUUGCCAUUUUGUUAUAAAUUCAUCAUUAUUGCAGUUCACGAUUCUCCAAGUUGUGAAUGCGUGCAGAAAUGUUACGCAUAUUAGGUCCUAUAUAUUUAUGAUCGUAUAUGUUAAACUAUAAAUAUUUACUAGCGAUAAAAGAAAGAUAUUUCAAUUUAUUGCUUAAGUAAACCUAAUCGCUACUAUAUUGACAACUCGUGCCUUGUGACAGACGAUCAUGUCGGUACUUAACAACCAUAUUAAUUCGAAUUAGCUUCUUUAACCACGACUUGUCAUACCCAACUAGCUGAUAUAUUUCUAUAAUUUUAAAAGAUAUCUGAUUAAUUUCCAUACUUAACAUAAAUGUAAUAAAUAUUAUUUAAUGUGCAGUGAUAUUCGCCAUGAUCUGAUCCCUGGUUCUUGAACUUUGACCCUUAAUAAUGCCAGUCGUGGCAGACGGUGAGAGCGAAUUGAAUAAAUGAAGAAUGUUCCACGUACAAAGCUCCUUUGAGCAGUCACUGCGGUGCGGCGACGAAAUUUCGCCUAAUGGUAAUAAAACGUUGGCUGCAUUAGCCAAGAUCCACAAACAUUGUACGGGUAAGGCCCACGCUCACGGAUGCAUCGAUCCCAAGCUCAAUCCUCUCGCCAAAUCCGAAUCAAACACUAGCCUACAGUCUCGUAAAUCGUUCCGCAACGAAUGUAUUAUCGAAAUAAAGGACGCGGUUAAACCGCAACAUUUUAACAAAAACAAUGACCUCCUCACAAAAAGCUUUAGUAAUAGCACUAGCUCUUACGAAGGACACAGCGAUACCGACUCUGAAAAUACUUCCAAGCUACGAAUGGAGAAUAAUAAAAUAGUUGAUACAUGCGAGCGCUUAUUUACCCAGAAUACGAGAGCAUCUCUAAUGAAAACCGCUCGUAUGCGAUAUGCCGAUGAUAGUGUUAUAUCAUUACUGCAUGAUGAAGUUGAUGGUGAUAAGGGAAAGCAGCAAUUUCAUAGGACUCCUAUCAGGAACAGUUAUAGAGAGAGGAAAUCUGCUGUUGUCACAAUCGAAGAAGUAAAAUCGGAUGGAUCUUUCCACGAAGAAGAUUUAGCGAAUGCUUUACUAUUCGACGAAAAGAAAAAAACGCAUUCUCAAAACAAAGUUGGCUUGCAACGGCGAGGAUCGGGCAAUUCUCUGACUAACGGGAAGGCCACAAACGGAACAAAACCACCAUGGAGAGGCGCGAGCAAAAAAGGAAUUCCAGCGGAACCGUUCGUUCGUAGUCCGUCCUUACGCGGUAGCAUUAGGAAGAAGACUACAAAAAAUGAUGGUAUCCCGUGGCGACGACUCUACGAACUUUCGCUGUGGCGAAAGUAUGGGGUGAGCUUCGCAGCGGUGGGCGCGGACAAGGAGCGCGCUCUACUGCGCCCAUGGAGCGAGCUGUCGGCCCAUCAGCACCCGCCAGCGUUCUCGGUAAGUUAA